AUGCCUCCAAAUUCGCUUUCUGUAGGAUUUUGCUAUGUCUACUACAUCAGGUUUGCGUUUGGCCUUGCAGAUUCAGAUGCUCCCAGGGUGUAUGACUGCCCUGUACCUGUCCAAGCUUCGGUGUUCGAUUCUGUGGGUACUAGCAAGUUGAGUUUCAGACAGCCUGGGGACACUCUGUCUGAAGCAGCGGCAAGUUGCAGCGUCUCCUGGAUAUCGCACGAACUGGUUAGAGUGGAAAAGGAAAGGAGUGAAACCCUCGAUUUAAUUGACAAAGCCGUGCUCUCCGAUGACUUUGUGCUAACUGAUGCGUUGGUGAAGGUUCCGUUUGCUGGUCGCAGAGGGCGUCUUGCGUUCCUUGAGCGCAUCCUCCCGAUGCCGCGCUUGGACAACGAUGUUCUGGAUGCUGUGCUAGCUGGCAAAGAGCUGCUGGUUUCUGUACUACUGCCCAACAGAGAAUCAGCCGCAUGGUCAAACCAGCAAAAUAGGGUAGUUGCUGAGCAAGUUGUGGCAGCCUUGCCGGACCACGUUUUCAUUGAUGAUGGACGCGCAGAGACAUACGAGCAGGCAUUUACUCCAUACCGGUUUUCUUUGAUUGUAGACGAUGACAACAGCACAGUGUCGCAAGCUCUUGUCCACUGCAUUGGCUGGGGAACAAUACCUUUGUUCAACGGCUUCACACACAUGUUGGCGAUAUUGCCCAGGGUUGUCAUACCUUGGGACAGAGAGCAGUUUCACGCUGGCAAAAUGCUUGCAUUCCUUCCAUCAAUCAAUCAUGAUAUUGCAGCUCUUUGGCAGCAGCACCGGCUCAUUCAGGACUGUCACGUUUGCAGUGACCAGCUCCUGUACAGGUAUGCGCACGGGUUCAAUGCUUCGCUGCGAGCGAUUGCCUGUCAUUUGUGUGCCUACACUGAAUCUCUUGGGAAGGAUGGGCCAUCUGUCGAUGCUGAAGAUGCGCUGCCACCUCUGGUUUUCGUUGGUGUGUAUUCCGCUCAGGAGAACUUUGGCAAGCGAGAGGCAGUACGCCAAACCUGGGCACGUGCAUUGGGCACGGAUGGAUUUGAUAUCAAGUUCUUCCUAGGAAGGCCAGAGGCCCGUCUCCUACGUUUGCAGAUGGAGAUGUUCAAGCACAAGGAUGUCGUUCUGCUUGAUGUUCAAGAGGGGUACAAGUGGAAUUCCGUGAAAGGUCUGCUUUUUCUAGAGUGGUGUGCCCUGCACGUUUUCGCCCGUUUCGUAGUCAAGGCCGACGACGACGUUUACCUGCGUCCAGCUCCCCUGCUGUUCUUGCUGCAGAGCCGGCCUUCAUUCGGCUACAUCUGGGGAUAUUUCGAUUAUUUGAGUCCAGUGCCCAAGGAGCCUGAUCAUGCUUUCUUCAAUUCCAACGAAGUCUACCCAUUUUCUGUUUUUCCACCAUAUGCGAGGGGACUGCUGCGUGUGUUGUCGCUCGACGUAGUGAUUGCUCUUGCCCGAAUGAGCCUUGCUGGCAAACUACCCCUGAUCUUCGGUGACGAUCCUUGCUUUGGUGUACACUUGCGGUAUCUGCGGGAUGACGACCUGGGCUUGCCCAUGCUGACUUUGGAUGACCGCGAUUCCUACCGGAUCUUUGCAAUGGAGCCCAGUUGCAAUUUUGCCCUCUGGUCACAUGCAUCCCAGAGGUCAUGGGUUGUUCACCACGUAUCAGCACAGCAAGUCCACUGCAUGUGGGCAGCCGAUGUGGCAGAGGGUCUGUACCAGAUAGACAAUUCAGGGAACGUUGCAACUUCUUCAGCAACUCUUGGGCUUGCUGUUGCUGCAGCCAGUGUCGCGACCCAAGACCGCCAAGCCUUCACAGAACCGCCACCUUUUCCGGACAUCUGCAGUUGCCUCCAGUCCGGGCCACUGGCCGACGAACUUUCCAAGCGGCAGGACAAGGUGAAUGCAACCAGGACCUACAUGAUGUGGGGCCAUCCAGCCCUUCUGGACAAAGCAGAGAUGCUGGAGCUGGUUGCCUGCGCAAAGCAGGUGAUGAUCGACAGUUUGUUCGUAAUUUCCAUCUCGGGAAAUUACCUUGUGGAGAGGCAUUUUUGUGGACCAACGCCCCGCUUGGUCUGCGAGCCGCUGCUCGAGAAACUGCGAGCUGGUGACAAGCUUGAGAGCUUGCCGCCUGCACAGCCCCUGGCCAUGGACCUAACGCCAGAAUGUCUCAUUACACUUCGACAACCAGUUGAAAACAGCUGCCUUGGUAUGUCGUUUGCUAUCGACUUCUGCUCUUGCCUUUCCUGCAAUUGGACUUUCACCGGAUGGUGGCCGCUGGAGAAGCUCGAAGGAAAGUUGCUGGAGGAGCGGUUUGCGCCUGAGGAUCCCGUUCUGGCCUCUGCAUUCCAUGAUGUUACGUGGCCACACAUUCUUUCAACAAGGCUGGCAAAGCACCAAGCCCUGACGACUCCGGCAGUGAUCGAGAACAUUCCCGCAGCAUUGCAAGCCUGGCCUUUCGCAGAGCGGAUCAGUCGCACAUACUUGCAGUGUAUGGUGGUGUCUCAAGCUCUGCGUCGUACGAAAGAGGGCUUUGUCACGUACACUUUCUUCUGGCACGGGCUGCCAACCAUUCAAGAGAGAGCUGGAAUGAUUGGAAGCUCGCUGUUGUCAUUGAUGGGCGUAUUUCUGCUUAUCAACGCGUUGUACAACUACUUCAAGGCUGUCUUCACUUCAGCUGGAUUGCCACCAGACUUUGAGCAGGCCAAAGCAUCCGUGGUGGAAUCCUGCGAAAACCCUGAAGUUGUUCCCAGGAAAUGUCCCAAAUGUGCUUUGCUGAAGCCUCCGCGUGCACAUCACUGCAGUGUUUGCGGUGUGUGCGUCAAGAAGAUGGACCACCACUGCCCGUGGAUCAACAACUGCGUUGGCUUCGGCAACUACAGAUAUUUUUGCUUGUUCUUGCUCUUCCUGGGCGUGGCCUGCCUCUUCAUUGUUUGCGUAUUUGCAUGGUUUUUCUACGAUGUGAUCUUUACCUGGUCUCGUCUGGGCACCCGAGUAUUUCGACAAUGCAUCCUUACUUCUUUUAUGAUAUGUGCAUCAAUCAUGGCGGCCGUUUGCAUGCUAGGUGGUUUCCACACUUUCUUGGUGCUGACGAAUCAAACAACAAUAGAAUUCCAAGUCAACAUGAUGAAGCGGCGCGAGAGUCGCUACAACGGUGAGUUUUUCCGAAAUCCUUAUGACAUGGGUCGCAGUCGCAACUGUCAAGAAGUCUUCGGACCGAACCGCUUGUGGAGUUUCAUUUGGCUCUUCCCAUGGAUGGGGGCCUUGCCGCCUUCGGGUGAUGGCUUGAAAUAUGCCUCCAUCUCUCGUUUGCAAAUUUGA